CUCUGGCUAACGGGCGUCAAUGAAUACAAGCGUUUUGUGGUUUCGUUGGGUGCCAUAUCCCGCUGUGGCCACUCGGCGGCGCUACAGAGGGAGACCCUUUGUUGAAGUUUGUUUCUGGGAGUCGUUUCCUAGUUAUCGAGUCAGGGGGGAACAGAGACAUAGCUUUUGUAAAGUCCUUCGCUUUCGGCUGCUGGCGACUUGUAGCGCUGGACUGAUCGGGGCGAGUCGUAUUUUAUCUUCCCGAGUUUCCAUUAUUAAUGUAUAAAGGGCAAUAAGCGCCUUGUAAGUGUCGUAGCCUAGUUUGCCGGAUAGUGACUGCUGGCUGAUGUUGUUUUUUCGGACCGGGUGUAGCUCCUGAAAAGCGGUGUGAUGAAAGACCGGUUUGCAGACCUGACAGCCAGAACUACAUAUGUGGAAGAAAAUGUCGCUGUACCAAUUGACAAUGAUGCAUUUAUGGAAGAAUUCUUCCAGCAGGUGGAGGUGGUGCGUGGGCUUAUCGACAAGGUCUCAUCUCAAGUGGAGGAGGUGAAGAAGAAACACAGCAUAAUCCUGUCUGCACCAAAUCCCGAUGAAAAAACGAAAGAGGAACUUGAGAAGCUCAUCAGUGAAAUCAAGAAGAACGCCAAAUCCAUAUGGGCCAAGCUGACGUCCAUGCAGCAGAGCCUCCCCGAGGACGAGAAUGCAAACCGGGCCUCGUACCGCAUUCAGAAGAGUCAGCACACGGUGUUGUCCCAGAAAUUUGCAGAGGUCAUGACGGAGUACAACGACGCUCAGUUGUCUUUCCGACAGCGGAGCAAGUCACGGAUCCAGAGGCAGCUGGAGAUAACUGGCAGAGUAACAUCAAACGAAGACCUGGAAGAUAUGCUGGAGAGUGGAAACCCCUCUAUUUUCACCUCUGAUAUUAUCUCAGAUUCCCAGAUCACCCGCCAGGCCUUGAAUGAGAUCGAGGCUCGUCACAAGGACAUCAUCCGGCUGGAGAACAGCAUCAAGGAGCUACACGAGAUGUUUGUGGAUAUGGCCAUAUUGGUGAAAACCCAGGGCGAGAUGAUAAACAACAUUGAGAAGAAUGUGACCAACACAACUGAGUAUGUGGUCCAAGCCACAGAAAACACCAAAAAGGCAGUUCGGUACCAGUCCAAGGUCCGGCGGAAAAAACUAAUAAUCAUCCUUGUUGUGCUGGUCCUGCUUGCUGUGGUUAUAUUAAUCAUCGGUUUAUAUUUUGGCCUGAAAAAGACAUUCUAAUAAGUCCGACCCUGACUGGAGGUAACUACCUCGCCAUUGUGUGCCGUUGCUUUCGGAGUACUCCUGUUCCUCUCACUGCAAAUUCCCUAAAGUGUUUCACAUAAUAUGAUUUUGUAGCUGUGAGAGGCUUUAAAUGUGCACUGGUUUGGCAGGCAAGUCUCAUUGAUUGGAAAUUCCUGCAGACUAUUGGCAUGGAGCCCUUCAUACAGGAAGUUGUCUUACAAGCACAGACAAAACAAACAACUGUGUGAAAACAGCAUGUGGAGCUAAGCUUGGCUUUAGUUUGUGUGACUCACAAGAAUGCUAAUCCAUUUUGCUCCUUUAAACUAUAUGAAUAAUACAGUCAGCACCGUACACUUAUAUAUGCUUAUAGAUUGUAUUCUGUAUGGUUAUUACAUCCCACAUCCUGCUAUUUGGUUUUGUUUCCCGUUUGCUUUUCUGGCAGAUCUCAUUUCCUUUCUGUCACUUGCUUCCCACUGAUGCUAAUAGUCAAGGGCUAUAAUUGAAUGAAAUGUAAACAUUCUACGUCAUGAUGUUGACUCUGUUGGUCUUUUUACAUUGUGACGUCUAAAUUGUGCGAUUGUACUCAAACGUUUCCGUGGAGCCAAGCUGAUUUUCUUGUUUCUUGCCUGUUUUUUUCCUUCCCUGUCAUUUUAUUUUACAGAAAAAGAUUUAUCUUGCUAUUCUUGCUGUAGUGAUUAUCAUCGUUAUAAUCAUCAUCCUCACAGCGACUCUCGGAAAAUAAAGGAGAACCAGAAUAUGAAAAAAGGGAAUGUUUAAUCCUCUACCCCUCCUCCAGAAGUGCAGACAAACUGAAAGUUGCCACCCACAGUCCUUGGCGGGUUUUCUUUUAUGUGGCAAGCGUCUUCAUUCAGAUUUGAGGUAGUGAAAUUGUCCUGGCCACAGAGGAAUCCUGGGCUGGAAACCUCUUUCACCAUUUAAAUGUAGCCUGUUUCUUGUGGACAUGUAAAGUUUACCAAAUCAGUUUUCUCCUGAACACAGCAACUGCCAACUAAUCAGAAGGGGCCUUCCGUGUCAUAUCAGAGUGCCUUAUCUAUUCCAUUAAUGAUUUUUUUUCAUAUAUAUUUUUUGAUGUAAUAAAUAUGCAAAGUCAAUAUUUUUACUUUACGCCUUACCAAUAUAGCCUUGGGGUACCUCCCUCACCCCCUCAAAGUCACCCACAGACAGUCAUUUUAAUGUUAAUCAAAUAGUCAUUGUGCAAAAGAAACAGAGACUAAAUUUCAUUAAUGUCUCCGCCUCUGACCUUUUAUGAAUCUAUCGCAUCCUAAAGUAGCAUCAUAAAUUUUAAUAUGCUGUCAAUUUUUUUUUUCCACAUUGUAGUUUGUUAUGCUACCUUUAUUGUAUAAUUUGUAUUUAUUGUGUGUUUUAACAACUGUGAUGAUGAUCAGAAUAUGCCUGCUGGCUGACUGAGUAAUGUGGAGUUGAGAAUAAUGUGCAAUUAGGUUUUUUUUUUUGUUGUUCCAAUGAACUCCAAGUUCCUCUGUUUCUAAGUUCUAUAUUACUAACAUGAAUAUACAACUCAUGUUACCUCACUGCUGUCACUUCUGAAUGUAUGUCAUGUUUUGCUAUUCUGAAUAUAUCCGCUGCAAAUGUAGGUAGGGAGCACAGUUGUUUUGUACUGUUUACACCCAGAAAGAGAAUCUCUGCACUGUGUUUUGGAGUUCCAGGUGGUGCUAGAACAUUUUAUAUCAAUUGUCUUUGCUCCUUGGGAACAAAUAGCACAGAUGCAUUCACAUGUCCUUCAGUGAACAAUUCUUAAUAGAUGCUGAGCCUAUAACCAUUGUACACAUUGUACAUCUGUUGGGAUUAAGAUGUAGUAUGACCCCUCCCCCCCCCCCCACACCAAAACCCUGUAUCGGUGUAAGUCAAAAUCCAUCCAUCCUUCCAUUUUUUUUUGUACCCGCUUGUCCUAUACAGGGACGCGGGGGUCUAGAGCCCAUCCUGGAAGUUAUGGGCAUAUCACUAGCCCAUCAGAGGACACACACACAUACAGACAAUUUGGAAACUCCAAUUCUCUUUAGCGUGUUACCAAAUGUUAUUCCAUAAUUGAUACUCUUAAGGAGUCAUUUUGUUCUUGUGUCAUUAUGAGUCUACAAAACAAGUAUUAUACACCAGGAACAAGGGAUUACUUAAAUGUUUUUAUUCUGUGUAUUUUAGUUUUGCUUUUCCUGUUUAAAGUUGGAGACACUGAGAAAAAUAUUUUAUUUGCAUCUGUUAGCUUCAGCAUUACUUCUGUAACAAUGUGCCUUGUGGGAAAAGAGCCGCGUUUUCGUUCUGCAGUUUGAGCUGAACAACUCCGCGAAAUAUGAUGUCAUGCUUCAAAGCCACUGUGAAUCCAGUUGUUUGUUAUACUGUUCUGCUGAAUUCAUAUUAAAUAUAUGGAGCUUUAAAUG